AUGGUGGAUCACUUGCUGCUUGAUGAAGAGACUUUCUUUACUUACACUUGUUUGCUGCCAGCCCACAACCCAUCGGAUAUGGUGACAGACGAGGGGGUGUACCAUAUGCUUCCAUCACCAUUCUCGGAGGAUAACCUGAGUGACUCAUCUAGCCCAUGUUCCUGUUCCAGCCCUGAGUCUCAGGUCUUGGGUUCUAGUUGUGGGAGUAACUCAAGUGGAGACAGUCAAGAUGGCCUCCUUGACUUCCUUCACUCUCAGUCCCUAACUGUGAGCCAAAACUCGCCAUCCUGCACCUCCAUGUCUCCCAUGGUCCCUCCUGUUCUUCCCAUGGGUCUGGCCUGGGAGUCACGACGGGACCGCACCACCAAAGAAGAGUGCUUUGAGUUCCCUGUUUUCCCUGGAGAUUUGGAGGAGCAUGAAGGGCAACUGUUUCAGCCCACUCUGGAAGAGAUUGAGGAGUUCCUGGAGGAGAACAUGGAAGUGGUAGCCUUAAAAGAGGAAGCUGGAGAGGGUCUAGUGACCUGUGAGAGCAUCCAAGGACCUACAUCAGAACCUUGGGCUCAAAGCUUAGACCAAACAGUGCCUGUCUCAAGUGACAUAGCUGACAGCAACUCUGAUCCCAAAAGUGCACAAUCUGCAGAAGAGGCCUUUACAAAUCCUCAGAACACAUUGAAAAAGGAGGACUCUUCUGAGAAGGUAGUGAUGGUGGAGAGUCCAAGCAUGCCUGUGAUAUUACAGCUCCAGCCCAUUCAAGUGAAACAGGAACUGAGCCCUAAAACUGCCCCCUCGACACCAACAGCACAACCUGCCUCAGACAUCAAAAUAACCCAGCUCCUCGUCAACAUCCAGGGUCAAACCUUCGCCCUGGUUCCUCAGGUGAUCCCCCCGGCAAGCCUUAACAGCUCUUCCAACAAAUUUGUCCGAAUUGCCCCAGUUCCCAUUGCCGCUAAGCCCUUAGGUCUAGGGGAGAACGGAACAGUUGAUGGCCAGGGAACAGGGCUUGUAGUUGGGGGUCACAAAUUCCAGAAGAGCUCGGUGGCUGAUCUUAUUAAAAUGCACAAGUGUACUUUCCCUGGCUGUGCCAAGAUGUACACCAAAAGUAGCCAUCUAAAGGCGCACCUGAGGAGACACACUGGUGAGAAACCAUUUGCCUGCACUUGGCCUGGCUGUGGCUGGAGAUUUUCCCGGUCGGACGAGCUGUCACGGCAUCGCCGGUCUCAUUCUGGAGUUAAGCCCUACCAGUGCCUCGUCUGUGAAAAGAAAUUUGCCCGGAGCGAUCACCUGUCCAAACACAUCAAAGUCCAUCGCUUUCCACGAAGCAGCAGGACAGCACGCACUGCACACUGACCCCACACAACCCCCCACCAUGGAGAGAGAUAGAGAUAGAUAGACCGAAGGAAUGAAAGAGAGAAAGACAGAUUCAUUUGUGGUACUGUGAUAAUUUAUUACAUGAGGCUUGGAUGAACUGAAAAAGAGUUUGUUCUGAAACUGUUACUUGACUCGUCGGCCUCACGGAUGUCGUAAACUUCGUAGAUUGUAUUUUUGUAGCGUUCAUGAUUGUUUUCUAUGUUUUGAGAACAGAUUUGUUUGCAAAAUUUACCAUUCAAAGCAUUGUUUGUUGUACCUUGAGGUAUGAAUUGUUGAUGUAUCUGCCAGUCAUCAACAUUCCUUGUUCAAAAUCAUGAUAAAGUCACUUCACGUGUUUAGCUCCUCUAAACCAAAAAAACCUUUGGGUUCAUUUGAACUACUGAUCAUUGGUAGGACUAUGCCAUUAUAAGCUAUUGGCAAACACAGAGGCUUUUUCUCUUGACUUUCGGUUGUAUGCUAGCAAACUGUGAAACGCCUCCAGACAGACUAUAGAGCAAAUUGACGGAAAUCAAAACACGCACAUUUGACGGAUGUGAAUGGGCCUUCUGAUCAGUAUUGAAUUUUUUCCUGAUGUUUUAGUUGAUAAUACAAACAUUUUUCAUUUCAGUCUUCGUUUUUGUCAUUGGUUGCUUUCAUCUGAAAAAAAUUAAAACAAGAUACCUU